AUGGUUCAUAACCUAGUCCUUGAUGCUAAUAGGAACAUACCAUUUGAGGAUUCCCUCGAUGAUGAGAAGAGAAAACUUGAGGCUAAGAAGAGCAAAUCAUUUGAGAGUCCUGAGAGAUACAGGAGAUUGAUUAGCAAGUUGAACUAUCUCACUAUGACUUGCCCAGAUAUUACUUAUCCAAUCAGUGUGCUUAGUCUAUUCAUGGCAUCUCUGACUGUUAGACAGUGGGAAGCCUUGGAGCACGUUUUACAUUACUUGAAGGGAUAUCUAGGUCGUAGUACACUAUACAAAAAUCAUGGUCAUACAAACAUUAAGUGUUUUUGUGAUGCAGAUCAUGGUAGAUCAAAAGCCACGAGACAAUCUACUACAAGAUACUGUGUCUUUAUGGGUGGAAAUUUGGUGUCUUAUAGAAGCAAGAAGCAAAAUAUGGUAUCUCGAUCAAGUGCAAAGGCAGAAUACUAA